AUGUGGCCCUUUAUAAUCACCCGCACCUACGUGUUUUCAAAGGUUUUACCAGCUUCAAAGGAAGAGAUUUUGCAAAUCGUUCACGACCCGAUUCAAUCCAUUCAACUCAGUCCUCUGUGCCAAGAUGCCAAAGCAGAUCCCAACGAUCCAAAGUGGUUCACCGUUACAGAAAUGUUGCCACUAUUGGGUGGUCUGCUCGAAUCAAAGACUACAAUUAGAUGCGGCUUCGAAAACGAUAAAGAUGGGAGAUACACAGAAGUAUUUGCUGGGUUAGGAACGCACAUGGAUUCCACUGUACGAGUAGAAGAAGUCAAUGAGGGUACCAAAUAUACAGAGGUCGUAGUUUUGAAAGCAAGUCAGCCUGCCCUCUUCCGAUGGAUCACACUCUGA